GGUUGGUAGCAUUGCAAAACAUACCGCCAUUUUCCUUGUUUCGUUUCGUUUCGAUUUUUAUCGGCCAUUCGUGCUUGACAUAUUUUAUUCAGGCGUGGGUUACGCGUAUUUUUCCCGCUGUUUUGAGUAUUUUUCUGUUAAAAAAAGAAUUAAUUCCAUACCACUUGAAAAUGGGCAAACCGAAGGCGGGCGAGAGUAGCGAGAGCGAAGAAGAGUACUCCGUCGAGAAAAUCAUCGAUAGGAGGGUGGUGAAGGGCAAAGUCGAGUACUUUUUAAAAUGGAAAGGAUAUAGUGAGGAGGACAACACAUGGGAGCCCGAAGAGAACCUGGACUGUCCCGAUUUGAUCCAGGAAUUCGAGAAGAACAGGAAAGCCAAGGCGGCCACCAAAGAAAAAGAUAAAAAGCGCACAAGGAAAAACUCAAAUGAGUCGGAGGAUUCAAAUGAUAAUCCUGAAAAGAAGAAGAGGACCAAAAGUGCCUCUCCUGAACCUGAAGAUGAAGAAUCCAAAGCCAAAAAGAGCAAAAAAGAUGAUUCUGAUAAUGAGAAGAACGACUCAGACUCUGAAGAGAAAUCAAAGCCAAAAAAGAAGAGGUCCGAAUCGAAACCGCAAUCAAAGAAAGACGACGAUAGAGCAAAAAAGAGGUCGAGGAAGGUCGAAUCAGAUACAGAAGAUGAGAAGAACAAGAAGAAGUCUAGUAAGGAGGAUGAGGUCGAACGAGAUUCAGAUGAAGAAAACGUGUCGGCAAAAGACCGAAAGAAAAAGAAGGGCGGUGGUACCGCCGCCGCCGCGACGGAAGCGAAAGACAAACUGAAAGCGGUCGUCGGUGGUACGAAGAAAAGCGGGUUCGAAAAGGGAUUGGAAGCGGAAAAAAUAAUCGGCGCGUCCGAUUCUACGGGCCAACUGAUGUUUUUGAUGAAAUGGAAGGGAACGGACGAGACCGAUCUGGUCGCGGCCAAAGAGGCGAACACCAAAUGUCCCCAGGUGGUCAUUCAGUUUUACGAGGAGAGGAUCGCCUGGCACACGCCCGACAGCGACUCUUAAACUUCUUUUCGGUUUAGUUUCUCUUUCUUUAUAGGUUUUCAGUUUCUUAUCUCGUAGAAAAAAAAAUUGACUUAUAAGAUAUUAUAUUAUAUGUGCGGAGGAUGUUGUUGGGAGCCCACUCUCGACCGUAAAAUUAUUUUUUUUUAAUUUCGAAGAAUAAGUUAUAUAUUAUAAAAUAAAGUGGGCGUCGGAUAGUAUGUACAUUUUUUUUUUACAAAAUGUUUCAAACCCAGUGUUUCGUCAUGAGUUAUUUUAUAGUUCAUCGGGAACUUCUGUUAUCUCAUAAUUAGUAAUAAAACUCUUACGUUUGUAAA